AUGGGAAACUUUUGUCAGAAGCACUGCGCCUGUUUGCAGCCCUACAUCCCUUGCUUAUUCUCAGGGAGAGACGGUGAGCAGGAUGAGAAGGGUGGCCAAGUCUUCGCCAACCUUGCUGUGAUAAGGCAUGACUUCCAAGCAGGACAGAAAGACAGAGACAGUAAGAUAAAAGAGAAACCUUUACCUCCACUGCCUGGCCAGCAUUUGGUGAAUAUUUGCAGAUUUGUGGCACUCUUUGACUACGAGGCUCGCACUGAGGAGGACUUGAGCUUCCGAGCCGGGGAUAAGCUUGAAGUGCUGGAUGCGUCCCACGAGGGCUGGUGGUACGCUAGGCUCCUCCUGCCAACAGGGUCAGUCUGUCCUGGCCGCAAGCUCCAGGGCUACAUCCCUGCCAACUACAUAGCUGCCGACCAGAGCAUCGAAGCUGAGCAAUGGUUUUUUGGCCCAAUCAAACGAGCAGAUGCCGAGAGACAACUGUCGUACCCUGGAAACCAAGCAGGAGCCUUCCUAAUUCGAGAAAGUGAAAGUCUAAAAGGCGAAUACUCACUUUCAGUUUUUGAUGGUGUAUCUGUGAAGCACUACAGGAUCAGAAAGCUGGAUGAAGGAGGCUUUUUCCUAAGCAGAAGGAAAACUUUCAAAACUCUGAAUGAGUUUGUUGACUAUUACAGUAAGAACAGUGAUGGCCUCUGUGUGGUGCUCAGAAAGCCAUGCCUAAAGGUACAAAUACCUACUACUUUUGAUUUGUCUUAUAAAACUGUCGAUCAGUGGGAGAUAGACCGAAAAUCUCUGAAAUUGUUGAAAAAAUUAGGAUCUGGUCAGUUUGGUGAGGUAUGGGAAGGACUGUGGAAUAAUACCACCCCCGUGGCAAUCAAAACAUUAAAACCAG